UUCUGCUCCCGCCGCCUGAUUCUUCUCUCCUCGCCAUGGUUCGACUGCUUUUGCAGGGUCUCUUCUGGGGCUGCUUUUUGACCACUGUCCACCCAGAAUCACUUACUGCAUGCAAAGAAAACCAGUACUCAAUAAACAGUCAGUGCUGUGAUUUGUGCCAGCCAGGAAAGAAACUGGUGAAGGACUGCUCGGAGGCCGCCAGCACUGAAUGUACUUCUUGUGGUCGAGAUGAAUUUCUGGACACCUGGAACAGAGAGCCACGCUGCCACCAGCAUCAAUACUGUGACCAUAACCUAGGGCUCCGGAUCCUGGAGGAGGGGACGGCAGAAACAGACACGACUUGCACGUGUAUUGAGGGCCAGCACUGUGCCAACAAGGCCUGUGAAAGCUGUAUCCCACAUAGCCUGUGUGCCCCAGGUUUUGGAGUCAAGCAGAUGGCUACUGGGGUUUUGGACACCAUCUGCGAAGGCUGCCCCGUUGGCUUCUUCUCCAAUGUGUCAUCUGCUCUUGACAAAUGCCGUCCUUGGACAAGCUGCGAGACCCAAGGCCUGGUGGAGAUUCGAGCAGGGACAAAUGUGACAGAUGUCCGCUGUGGUGUUCAGAAUCGGACAAGAAUCCUGGUGGUAAUUCCUAUCGUGUUGGCUGUUCUGUGCACUGUUAUAUCAGUACUUGCCUGUAUCUGGAAGUUGAGAAUCAAGAAGCCAGAGGAGGACACCGAGCUUCAGAGUUUUGAACUCACCCAGUGUCAGGCUGGGAGUGGUCAGAAGCCUGUGGAGUCAGAGGACAUUUCUCCAGUGCAGGAGACGCUACUUGGGUGCCAACCUGUGUCUCAGGAGGACGGCAAGGAGAGCCGCGUUUCCGUCCAAGAGAGACUGUGAGGCCAAGAGCAUGUGGGCAAGUCUUCAAACUGCCCAGAGCAGGAGGGCAAGGCUGGUCCUGGUACAGCCCCUCUGCCUGCACUGCUGUGAUUGGAGAGGGGUACCCUGGCACAAGCACCCCACGAAGCAUCUUCUGAGCCCCAGUAGCCACUCAAGCUCCCAACCUACUUUGAAAGAUGGAGGCAAAAUUUGUGUGUGUGUGUGUGUGAGUUGGGUGGGGUGGAAUGGCUGAAGUUUCACCCACCAAACCCACCACUACUGUGAUUUAGUGCCCAGAGACAACUUCGGGGGGCACAGUGACAGGCACACAGAGGCCCCUGGCAGCACUGUGUAUAUGACACAAACAUGUGAAAGUGAUGGCGCUGUCCACCCCCAGGGUGAAUAAACAAAUCUAUUUAUAUAAGA